ACCAUAGGCCUUCCCGACACGGCACAAUCCAUAGGGAUACACCCCGCAUCGCAUACACGUGCACGGCGGCAUGGCGAGCGCCAGCGCCACCCUCCUCGUCCCCGCGACCUCCGCCGCCUUGACGGCGCCCCCUGCAUGCCCGUCCAAUCACUCCAAGAAGACCGCCACCGCCCGCGGGCGCCGCAGCCUGUCGUGCAGGGCCACCGGUGGGAGGGGCGCCGACGAGGGGCUCCUCUGGCUCCCCCGCCGAGACGUGCUCGCCGGUCUGACCGGCGUCACCGCCGGGAUCGCCGUGCACCCGGACCUUGCGGCCGCCGCCCUCCAGGCGGAGCUUGAGGAGAGCUGCCGCAGAGGCGAGAAGGUCACGGACAGGCUCCUGGAGUGCACCGACAGUGGCCUCCCGUGCCCGCCGUCGUCGCGCGGAGUCCAAAUCGUCGACUUCACGCCGGCGGGCGAGGCGAAGCGCGUGCGCCGGCCGGUGCAUCUCCUCGACAAGGAAUAUGCCGAAAAGUACAAGGAGGCCGUCGCAAGGAUGAAGGCGCUCCCGGGCUCCAACCCGUGCAGCUUCACGAGCCAGGCGGCCAUCCACGAGGCCUACUGCGACGGGCACUACCGGUUCGACCCGACGGAGAAGAACCGGCCGUUCGACGUGCACUUCUCGUGGAUCUUCGCGCCGUGGCACCGCAUGUACAUCUACUUCUACGAGCGCAUACUCCGCGGCCUCAUCGGCGACGACACCUUCGCGCUGCCGUACUGGAACUGGGACGCGCCGGCCGGCAUGGCGCUGCCGGCCAUCUUCAAGGACAGGGACUCGCCGCUGUACGACCCCAACCGCAACCAGGCGCACCUCGACGCCUUGGUGGACCUCGAUUUCAUCAACUCCCGCGGCAAGCCCAUCCCUUUCGACAAGAAUCUAGCAGCUCAGCCCGCGUACGACGAAGCUGUGAAUAAAAACCUUAGCACCAUAUACCAACAGCAAAUUCGGAGCGGCAAGGGCGCGCGGUGUUUCCUCGGCGACAAGCUCUGCAGCGCCACCAGCCUCAGGGUUAAGGAAACAAACGAUCGCUCAAAGAGGAGGCAGGACUCGAGCUCGAAGCUCAAAAGAGGCAACACCUCCGGCUCGCUGGAGCGGAUGGCGCACUCCGCCGUGCACGUCUGGAUCGGCAGGUCGAAGGCGGACCAGGGGACGUGCGCGGCGGGGCACGACGGCAAGCCGCACUGCAGCAACGACAUGGGCUUCCUCGGCUCGGCGGGGCGCGACCCCGUCUUCUACUCGCACCACUCCAACGUCGACCGCAUGUGGCACCUCUGGGCCACCAAGCUCGGCGGCACCGGCGGCUUCGACGACCCGGAGUGGCUCGACACCAGCUUCGUCUUCUACGACUACUUCGACGAGGCGAAGGGCGAGGAGCCGAAGCUCGUCCGCGUCAGGAUCCGCGACGUCCUGGACACGCGCAACCUCGGGUACACCUACGACGCGGAGUCGGAGCAGGCUCUGCCGUGGAUGAACAGGAAGCCGACCCCGCUGGUCCCCCGCGGCGGCAGCCCUUCGACGCCGGCGACGAAGCCUGCGGCGGUCUUCCCGCUGACGCUGAUACCGGACCAGUUGGUGGAGGUGCCGUCUGUGCCGAGGCCGGGCAAGGACGGGGACAAACUGCAGGUGCUGGUCAUCGAGGGCAUCGAGUUCGACCCCACCAAUGGCGCCAAGUUCGACGUGGCCAUCAACCUGCCCAAGGAUUUGGCCCCGAAGGUGGGGCCGCAGUACAGCGAGUACGCCGGGAGCUUCGUCAGCGUGGCGAGCUCGAGCGACACGGGCAGCGGCGGGACGCUGGAGGGGAAGCUCACCCUCGUGCUCGACGACGUGCUGGCCGACAUCGGGGCCAGCGGCGACACCGUGGACGUCGUGCUCGUGCCUCGCGCGGGAGAGAUCAAGAUCAACCUUCCCCUGAGGAUCCAGAACGAUGACUUCUGCUGAAUCACCGCGCGCCCUGCUGGUCAUUGAUGUGCCCAUGCACAGUGUCGCCAGCGGGCGCCGUGGACCGCGAUGAUAAAAUUUUAAUUUCGGACAAUUUUUUACUCGAAUUUGAGUUUAUUUUAAUCAAAAUUUUACUGAACGUACUUCAAGUUUACCGGCGUAUACCCACACCAGGGGGUGCCGAUGACGAACUGAUGAAGGCCGCGUUCCUGCUCA